UUCCUGGCUGACGCGCAGGGGGCAUACAGGCUGGCCUGACGCCUCCCACCACCUUUCCUUGUCAUUCUCGCCUCCUCGUAGCAUGGACAUCGACUUGCCAGAGUCGCAGAUAUGGCCAGCGUGGCCUAGCCAGGGUCAGUACGCCUCGAGCAGUGCGUUGGCUCAGUAUGACGAUCUGCGCUUCAGUGACGAGGAAGAGGAGCAGGGGCAGCAUCAGGUCCCGCCUUCUCAGAUGAGCGACGAGGAGGAGGAGGAUGCCAUCCCGACCGUCGAGGAGAGCAAUGCGAGCAGCGUACCCUCGGCAGCAGAUCUGGGCGCCGAGGCCGGUGAGCCGCGAACACCAUUGCCAAUUCAGAAUGCACUCGCGCCAUUGCCAAGUCAGAAUGCACUCGCGCCAUUGCCAAGUCAAAACGCACUCGCACAUCGAGCGAGGCUUGCGCAGCAACGCGCAACCGUACAGCAAGCAAUCCAAUCUGCAGUGACCUCUUUCCUCGACGACCUCAGGCAGCUGCGCAUCGACGCAGCACUCGCCUCUCCACACGUCGACACGCCUUCUCAGCGUCCAUGCACCCGCCCACGCGUCGCCCGCUUCUCCCUCACCCGCAGCGCCCGCAGCGACGACGCCAGCACCUCGCGUACCCAGCUCUUCCCCAGUCGCUCCAGCACAAGCACCCGCCGGCUCGCUCAACUACUUCGCGUCCUCGAAGAAAUGUCCUGCGCUCUGCUCACCAACCAGCUAGUCACCAAACGCGACGUCUACUAUCGCUCCCCGUCCCUCUUCGGCAAGCAGGCCGUCGUUGACCGCAUCGUGGACAGUGUAGUCGCGCGUUUAGGCGUGAGACGCUCAGCUACAGGCAUCGUGGCCGCCCCCAAGGGACUGUUGGCUGGGUGUGGGACGCUGCACUUGACGUUCACCACAGCACAGGCUGCGGCGGCGGACAUACUCGAGCCGCAAGCUUCGCUGCACCUCUCGCCUGCGAGAGCGACGAGUGUGCCGGAUGUCGAUGUACUCGAGGGCGUCGAGACGCAGGCGCAGUGGAUCCUCGUCGUGGAAAAAGAGGCAGUCUUUCGUACGCUCUUGGAAUGUCGCUUCGCCGACAGUACCGCGUCGAAGGGCAUUAUCAUGACGGGUAGAGGGUAUCCAGACCUCGCCAGUCGCGAGUUUCUGACGAGGUUGUGCGAGGAGAAGCCCGGCCUUCCCAUCUUCACACUCGUCGAUGCUGACCCGUAUGGCAUGGACAUCUCGGAGCUCUAUCGUCGCUCCCUACCAAGUGCGGUAUCGUUUCAGCUCGUAGGCAUCUCCAUGGCCGAUGUCAGCAGCCUCGAGCUGCCCACGCAGCCCCUCUCGCCAGCGGAUCGAAAAAAGGCAAACGACAUGCUCAGCGCUGCGAACGAGAUGCCAAGCAGGAUUAAGCUGCAACUCACGCAGAUGCUCGCGCAAGGCAUCAAAGCUGAAAUCGAGGCGGUGGAGAUUGCGGCGAGGAGAAGGAGAGAGCGGGCGAUGGAGGAUGGUACGGCUCAGCAAGAAUCGCUCGCUGGGCUCGUCGAUUACUUGAGGGAGCGACUGCCGUGAGGGCUCGGCGCAAGAACCGCUCGCCUCGUCGGCUGUCAGCCCAGCAGCGCAGCGACGGCGAUCCACCUGCUACGGUCCUCCCGAGGCAG